UUCCACUCAGAGCUGGAGAUUUCCUGUCCAUAAUUUGAGUUUUUAUCCACUUCGUACCUUUCCUCCUUACCAAGGAAGUAGGAACCCCGUUUAGGGCGCGCGGCUCUCUUUUAUUUUCUUCCUUCUGUUUUGUCUUCCCCCCUCGUCGCGGGUUUGUGGUUUUUGAUUGUUUUGGCCAUCUGGGUACCUUUUAAUCGUAUCGAAGUUUUGAGCUUUUGACGCUGGCUUGAUGGUUUACGGUUCUUGAGUGGUGGGUUUUUGAUUGGUUGAGUUCGGCAAUGGCUCGGUUGUUGAUGAUUCCUCCUUGCAAAAAUUCGUGUUUUCCGAAGACCAGUCUCUUGAGUUUGUUCUCCUCGGCUCCUCUCCAGGCUACAAGCCGAGCUAGUUGUUUAAGGACUUCUUUGAGAAGUGCAUCUAGUCACAGGCAGCUUCUUCGUUCUGUGGUCUCAUUUCAAAGAAAUUAUAAGUUUUCGCAUCCCGGAUUAUAUAGUGCUACACAACACAGUCGGAGGCUAAUUUGUUCAGUUGCUACAGAACCAAUACUCCAGCAGACCAGAGAGGCCAAAAUGGAUGCACCGAAAGAAAUCUUUCUGAAGGAUUAUAAGUUACCUGAUUAUUACUUUGAGACGGUUGAUUUGGGCUUUGCUCUUGGCGAGGAGAAAACACUUGUUAACUCAAAAAUAACCGUGUCCCCAAGAGUUGAAGGUUCCUCGUCCCCGCUGGUUUUGGAUGGGCAUGAUUUGAAGCUGCUCUCUAUUAAAAUCAAUGGGAACGGACUGAAGGAUGCAGAUUUUCAAGUGGAUUCCCGCCACUUGACUAUCCUGUCACCUCCAAGCGGGGCAUUCACUUUGGAAAUCAUCACUGAGAUAUAUCCUCAGAAGAACACUUCACUAGAUGGACUUUACAAAUCAACUGGGAACUUCUGCACUCAAUGUGAAGCGGAGGGUUUCCGGAAAAUCACAUUUUUCCAGGAUCGUCCAGAUAUAAUGGCCAAGUACACAUGCCGAAUUGAAGCUGAUAAGUCGCUGUACCCAGUGUUGCUGUCUAAUGGAAAUCUUUUAGAACAAGGAGAACUCGAUGGUGGUAAGCAUUAUGCUCUUUGGGAAGACCCCUUCAAGAAACCAUGUUACUUGUUCGCUUUAGUCGCUGGACAGCUGGAGAGCAGAGAUGACACUUUUGUCACCCGAUCUGGUCGGAAUGUGCAGCUCAGAAUCUGGACCCCUGCAGAAGACUUGUCCAAGACUGCACAUGCUAUGUAUUCACUUAAGGCUGCAAUGAAAUGGGAUGAAGAUGUUUUCGGUCUUGAGUAUGACCUGGACCUCUUCAAUAUUGUUGCUGUCCCUGACUUCAACAUGGGGGCUAUGGAGAAUAAGAGUUUGAAUAUAUUCAAUUCCAAGCUUGUCCUGGCGUCUCCCGAGACUGCCACAGAUGCAGAUUAUGCUGCUAUUUUGGGUGUUAUUGGUCAUGAGUAUCUGUUUAUUUUGGAGCAUGGUACAAUACUAAACAAGAACACCUGCAGGGUGACUUGUCGAGACUGGUUCCAGCUCAGUUUAAAGGAAGGUCUUACUGUAUUCAGAGACCAGGAAUUUUCAUCUGACCUGGGAAGUCGUCCUGUGAAGAGGAUUGCUGAUGUUUCUAAACUUCGCAAUUAUCAGUUCCCACAGGAUGCUGGUCCCAUGGCGCAUCCUGUUAGGCCUCAUUCUUACAUAAAGAUGGACAAUUUCUAUACAGGUCAGUUCUUCUGCUUGGUGUAUGAAAAGGGUGCUGAAGUUGUCCGGAUGUACAAAACCUUGCUGGGAACCCAGGGGUUCAGAAAGGGCAUGGAUCUUUACUUUAAGAGGCAUGAUGGUCAAGCUGUAACCUGCGAAGAUUUCUUUGCUGCCAUGAGGGAUGCAAAUGGUGCUGAUUUUGCGAACUUCUUGUCAUGGUAUUCCCAAGCUGGUACGCCAACCGUGAAAGUUGCUUCAAGCUAUAAUGCAGAAGCCAAGACUUUCUCUUUGAAGUUCAGUCAGGAGGUGCCACUUACUCCUGGACAGCCAAUCAAAGAACCUAUGUUCAUUCCUGUGGCAUUAGGCUUGCUGGACUCGAGCGGGAAGGACUUGCCUCUUACUUCUUUCUUUCACGAUGGAAUGUUGCAGUCAAUUUCAAGCAAUGGCGAACCAGUCUACAGUACUGUGCUUAGGGUGACCAAGAAAGAAGAGGAAUUUAUUUUCUCCGACAUAACCGAAAAACCAGUUCCUUCUCUGUUUCGGGGUUAUAGUGCUCCUAUCCGUCUUGAAGCCGAUCUUUCAGAAGCUGAUUUGUUCUUCCUCCUUGCUCAUGAUUCAGAUGAAUUCAACCGGUGGGAGGCUGGGCAACUCUUGGCCAGGAACCUGAUGCUGACCCUAGUGGCUGAUUUCCAACAAAAUAAGCCAUUGGUUUUGAAUCCAAAGUUUGUUCAAGGGCUGAAAAGCAUUCUUACUGACUCGUCUUUGGAUAAAGAAUUUAUUGCUAAGGCAAUUACUCUGCCUGGUGAAGGUGAAAUAAUGGACAUGAUGAAAAUUGCAGACCCUGAUGCUGUUCAUGCAGUCCGCUCCUUCAUCAGGAAGCAGCUUGCUGCUGAACUGAGAGCCGAACUUCUGAACACUGUCAAGAACAACAGCAGUUCUGAAGCAUAUGAGUUUAACCACCCAAACAUGGCCAGGAGGGCACUGAAGAACAUUGCUCUCGCAUAUCUGGCUUCACUUCAAGAUGAGGAGUCAGCUGCGCUUGCACUCAAUGAAUACAAGUCUGCCACAAAUAUGACAGACCAGUUUGCAGCUUUGGCAGCCAUAGCUCAGAACCCAGGUAAAACUCGGGAUGAAGUGUUGGCUGACUUCUACAGCAAGUGGCAAGAUAACUUCUUGGUUGUGAAUAAAUGGUUCUCCCUUCAAGCCUGGGCAGAUAUUCCUGGGAAUGUGGAGAACGUUCGGAAUCUCCUGAAUCAUCCAGCAUUCGAUUUACGUAAUCCAAACAAGGUAUAUGCUUUGAUUGGAGGAUUUGCUGGGUCCCCAGUCAACUUCCAUGCUAAGGAUGGUUCAGGCUACAAGUUCUUGGGUGAGAUGGUGGUCCAACUCGACAAAAUCAACCCUCAGGUGGCUUCCCGCAUGGUUUCGGCCUUCUCGAGAUGGAGGCGAUACGAUGAGACCAGGCAGAACCUUGCCAAGGCGCAGUUGGAGAUGAUAGUGUCUGCCAAUGGACUGUCGGAGAAUGUCUUCGAGAUUGCUUCUAAAAGUUUGGCUGUCUGAACUUUUUGACGACGCAGACCAAAUUCCACGGAGAUGUUAAGAGUUUAAAAACAAUUAGUUUCGUUUGGGAGAUGGUGAUUCUACUUUGAAUUUUAUGCAAGACAAAAGUUUGGUCAUGAAUUUGGUUUCUGAAGUAAUAAUGAUGAAGUAAUAAUUAGUAGUUAAGCUUUCUUUGGGUUUUCAUUGGACCGUCGAGGUUGUUGGCCCGUUUCUGUUGAUGGGCCUUGGGCUUUUUAACUAUCUGUGGCCCACCUUAGCUCCUUU